CUUGGACUUGAUGCCGCAGUCGAGGCGCCGCGUAGAUAGCCGUAGCAAGCACCGCAUAAGGCGCACGACGCAGGAGUGCAUCUAUAACAGAGAACGGCUGCACGCCAGCAUCGCUGCGCAACGCAGCGCGACAGAUAGACAAAAAGCAUGAUCCUCAGGCUCAGUUGCAUCGCGCUGGCGGCCGCCCUCGCGCCGACGCGGUCGACGCUCCCGCGACCAGUCUCACGAGUAGCGCGACCACCCGCGACGAUGAGCCAGACCCAGAAGUCCAACAAGUCGAAACUCCAGACCAUCGUCAAGGAUAAAAUUGAAGAGGACACGAAAACAAAAGAAGAUUUAAAUAUCGAGGAGCCCUGGCGACUUUUGUUGCAUAACGACGACGUGCACACCUUCGAGUACGUGACCUACAUGAUCCAGAAAAUAAUCCCGACGGUGUCGAACGCGAAGGCUUAUCAAUUGACCAUGACGACGCACUGCGAGGGCGUGUCGACGGUGACGCAGACGGCCAAGCCGCUCGCGCAGAAGUACUGCGUCCAGUUGCAAAAAGGCGGCCUGACGGCGUCGAUCUCGCCGGACUCGAACUUCAAGAACAACCGCGAGGGCGGCGGCGACGACGGGCCGGACACGGCGUAACAAAGUACAAC